CCUGAAUAGAAAAAAAAAAGUAUAACUGAUCAAUCAAUCUGACUGAGCAUCUUGUCCCUCUGUGAAAAAAGUCCUAGUUUUCAGCCCGCAAUGCCACCGUCUUGACUAAGUGACAUGAUCCUCACCAUUAGCAGCGACUGUCUACCGCAACAUAACUCUCCUGGCUGAAGCUGCAUAAAGUACGUCACAAGUAUACAACCCAUCCCUCCAGCGAGCCGAAGGAGGAGCUUGUGCCGUGCCAGAGCUGGGGGAAGAUGGAGGAACAGGUAGCAAAUGCUAUUGAGAUCGCGGGAAACCCGUCCUCUGACCAGACCAUCAAAGCCCAAGCGUUCGACUAUCUCAAUCAGCUCCGAGCAGACCCCUCCGGCUGGCAGGUCUGUCUGUCACUCUUUACGAAAACCCCGAGACGUUCGGAUGUAGUUCGCCAUGUUGCUUUGGAAAUCAUUAACAGCGCUACCCAGACCGGGCUGGUUGACAUCCAAGGCCUCAGCUUUAUCAAGGACAAUCUCUUGACAUACCUGCAGCAGAUGUACGGGCCCGACGGCGCGGCGCAAUCGGAUCCUUCGAAUAUCCAGAACAAAAUUGCCCAGACAAUAACGUACCUAUUUUCUGCCCUUUAUGCAACCGAAUGGAAUACUUUCUUCGAUGACAUUCUACGCUUAACGUAUAAUGGACCGGAUAGUGGUGUGCGGGAUAAUACCCUGGGUAUUAUAUUUUACCUCCGUGUUAUCAACUCGAUCCAUGACGAGAUUGGAGAUGUGCUUGUGUCACGCUCUCGCGCUGAGCAGGAUAGGGCCAACAUUUUGAAGGAUCUUAUUCGCGAAAGAGAUGUUCAGAAGCUUGUUACAUCCUGGCAGGAUAUUCUCUCGCAGUGGCAGGAGAGAAACGACUUAAUUGCUGAAAUGUGCCUUAGAGCAAUCGGGAGCUGGGUGAGCUGGAUUAAUAUUUCCUUGGUAGUCAACCAAACGAUGCUCGACCUUUUAUUCCGUCAGCUCGCCAGGGUUAAGGAUGUUGAUCUUCAUCAAGGGGGAGAAAAGGUUCGGGAUGCUGCCAUUGACGUGUUUACAGAGAUUGUGGGUAAGAAAAUGAAGCCCGCUGACAAAAUUGACAUGAUUGUCUACCUGAAUCUUGAGAGCAUCGUAGCUCAACUUACUGCGAGUCCUCCGUUGCACGAACACCGAUUUACCUCUAAAUACGAUACCGAUCUCGCCGAGACCGUAACUAAGCUGGUGAACAUUACGACAGUUGAUAUCGUGAAAGCUCUUGAUAGUGAGGAUGCCGACAAUGCUACGAAGGAAAAGGCUGAGGCCCUGCUGCAGGCGUUCUUACCUCACAUCCUACGUUAUUUCUCAGACGAGUAUGAUGAGAUAUGUUCCACUGCCAUUCCUUGUGUAAACGAACUCCUAUCAUAUCUCCGAAAGGUGGCGAAGAGGAAUCCUGCCAUUAUUCCCCAACAGAGCGCUAUGUUAUUGCCAAUCUUGAAGGCUAUUAUUCAGAAGAUGCGCUACGACGAGACCUCGUCGUGGGGAACUGAAGAUGAUCAGAUGGAUGAAAUGGAAUUCCAGGAUUUACGGAAGCGGUUAAAUGUUCUCCAGCAGAUCAUUGCAUCUACCAAUGAGCAACUCUAUAUGGAUGCUGUGAGUGAAGUCGUAAGAGCAACAUUCCACAAUGUGCGGCAGUCCGGAGGUCAGAUAGAUUGGCGCGAUCUUGAUCUUGCUUUACACGAAAUGUUCCUCUUCGGCGAACUUGCUGUCCGAUGCGGAGGGUUAUAUACCAAAAAUAAACCUAAUAACCCGGCUUCUGAACGGCUAAUCGAGAUGAUGCUCAUGAUGGUCGAAUCCGAUAUAAGGUCGUUCCGUCAUCCAGCGACACAGUUGCAAUUUAUGGAAAUAUGUGUCAGAUAUAGCUCAUUCUUCGAACAUCACGCCCGAUUUAUACCCGGGGUUUUGGAGGGGUUUCUUCAACUGGCUCAUCAUCAAAUGACAAAAGUGAAAGUCAGAUCUUGGUAUUUGUUCCAUCGUCUUGUCAAGCAUCUGAGAAACUAUAUCGGAAAUGUUGCCCAGACCGUUAUUGCAGCAUUGGGCGACCUUCUCACUAUCAAUGCGGAGGUACCUGUGGAAGGACCUGACGGUGAUGAUAUGUCCUCAGAAGACCACGAAGGAUCGGCUGAUGCAUUAUUCAAUAACCAGCUUUAUCUUUUUGAGGCAAUCGGCACAAUUUGCUCCACUUCCUCUGUCCCGUUGGACAAACAAGUGGUCUAUGCUCAGUCUAUCAUGAACCCUAUAUUCAUUGAUAUGGAGAGAAACUUAGGGGCCGCAAAAUCGCAUGAUGAGCGAGCAUUAUUACAAAUUCACCACGAUAUCAUGGCUUUAGGCACUCUUGCAAAGGGCUUCUCUGACUGGAUACCAGGGACAUCCAGUCCGGCUGUGCCACCCGCGCCAGAGAUCUCGGAAGCAUUUGGACAAGUGGCCGAAGCAACCCUGGUAGCCCUUGAAUCCUUAAAGUUUUCCUUCAGUAUUAGGACAGCAGCUCGAGCAGCAUUCUCUAGGCUAAUUGGUGUCCGCGGAUCACACAACCUACCUCAAUUGCCACGAUGGAUUGAUGGAUUACUUACGCAGACUUCAUCGAAAGAUGAGAUGGCCCUGUUUUUGCGUCUUCUGGACCAAGUGAUUUUCGGAUUUAAAACUGAGAUAUAUGGAAUUCUGGAUACCCUCCUCACCCCCUUCCUUCAGCGUGUUUUCGCGGGAAUCUCUGAGCCAACAACGGGAACGGACGAUGAAAUUCAGCUUGCUGAGUUGAAACGGGAAUAUCUCAACUUUUUAUUGAUGAUCCUCAAUAAUGAUCUAGGGACAGUGAUCAUCAGUACCACAAAUCAACCUAUUUUCGAGACCGUUAUCACCACCAUCGAGCAUUUCGCCAAAGAUGUUGAUGAUUUUCCUACGGCUAAAAUGGCUUUCCUCGUACUAUCUCGAAUGUCUAAUCUCUGGGGUGGACCAGACGUUGUGCAGCCCUCGAACCCUGCGAAUGGCACAACCCCAUCACAGUCUGCUCUUCCGGGAUUCACACAAUUCAUGAUUACGCGCUUCUCUCCACUCUGUUGGGCGUUGCCCAUGAAUCCCUCUUUCAAUCCAAAGGACGCACAGGCGAAGCAAGUUCUUGGAGAGGCAGCGGCUCUUCAGAAAAUAAUCUACCUUAAAACAGGCCCAGAAUACGUUCGGUGGCUGAGAGAAACAGAGCUACCCGGGAUGGGAAUGGGGCCUGAUCUUGUUAAUGAAUAUGUCGGAUCUUUAGAAAUGCUAGAUAUAAAGGGCUUUCGUCAAUUUUUUCAGGCAUUUAUACAACGUUUUAGCGCAUGA